GUGAGAAGAGUCUCGAAAUGACUGACGAUCCAAACAAUAACUCUUAGCAGAGAAAAGAUAUACGGCUAUGACGCCCUUGAGACAUGGUCGGGGUCGCAGGCAAAUCGAAAGCGUGUCUUACCUGCCGCAAGCGCAAAAUAAAAUGUGAUCUGAGUACACCAACCUGUGGCCAGUGCGCUAGAGGCUCUUGGAAAUGUGAAGUUUAUAGCAAACCUGUGGUGUUCCUCAAUCAAUACUCUGCCACUUAUGAAAAAUCUCCGACUCGUCUACCUUCUUUGCGCAAAGGCUUACCCAAUGCAUAUGAAAAUACUCGUCCAUUGACAUCUUCAAAGUCUGUCCAAACUGGCGAUGGACUGUCAAACAUGCAAUCCUUUGCCCAUGUCAUUAACUCGGCUCAGUAUAAUCAGCUACUGUCUUCCUUUGUGACUUUUUGUCUCCCGAAGCAAACUUCGGAAGACGUCCCGCUCGCUUGGCUAUCGUCACUCGCCAAAGAAUCAAGAAAGUCAGACAUUCUACUUCUAGCCACAGCUAGUUUAGGCUUUGGUUGGAUGGGACAUAUGGAAAAUCGUCCGGAUGUGCUAAAAAAUGGUCUCAUAUUCUAUGGCCGGGCUCUGGAACAUCUCCGAGCAAUCCUUUCACGGCGUCAGCCAAAAUUAAGUCCUGACUUACUUCCAACCAUUAUGAUGUUGCUACUGUACGAGAUAUUUGAAUUUGGAACCCAAUCUAGUGUAGGUUGGAUAUCUCACACCAGUGGCAUAGAAACUGUUCUCCAGCUACGUGGCCCGCAUUCUUUCAAUGAUGGCUUGGACUUUCAGAUGUUUCACUUCUACCGAACUGUUGGCAUAUUAAAAGGAUUGACAAUUCGUAAGUCCUGCUUUCUCUCAAAACCAAAAUGGGUCAGUACCUGGCUUCCAGGCCGUAUGAAGAGCAGAUUUGAUGGAUUACUUGAUCUGGCCGCCGAGGCUCCCAAUCUAUUGGAAAUGGCUGAUAAUGCACCAAUUCACGCCACUUAUCAACAUUAUAAGCUUGUACGGCGGAUUUUAAAUCUUAUACACGAUUUAACGAUAUGGGAAAUAUCCAAGAACAUCCAGCUUCCGCAGGGACCACCACAUGCAUUUUCCGCAAGCAAUGGUUCGAUGAUGACGACCGACCAACUGCAGCCCCGCGUCCAUCGAUAUCCGAGCAAGGAUCCGCAAUCUCUAGGAAUCGCCUUUGAUGAGCUCCAGCCUGCUCGAUGGAUACUUUUUUAUUGGACUGUUGUACUUACAUUGUACACGACUAUUUAUGACAAGCCUUACCUUUCUUCUUGUCUUUGGGAUGACAGAAUCCUUCAGCUGCAGACAUCUAUAAAGCUGUCAGUACUAGAGGCCGAUAUCCUAGCUGAAAAAAUCACUGUAUGGGCCGACUUUUGUUCUCAAAAUGCAUGGCAAAGUUUUGGCCCGGCUAUUGCUAUCGCCAGCAUAAAGGCAGCCAUAAAAUGGUAUCAUGUCAGACAAAGAGAGCAGCAGGCUAACUUGCUACCAAUUAGCAGUCGAUGCCAGCUCGAGAAGUGUCAUGCUCAGUUGGCCCAUAUGACGUAUUGUGAUCGGAUCUCGUGAAUUCAUGCGUAUGAAUACGAAGUUGAUUUUUCUCUCCACAUUAUUAUACAUUAUUAUAUCCGAAUACACUGCCCCUAAACCUGUUGUUUUUUCUCCUUUAAUAAUUGUAUCAAAAAAGUGCAGGCGAUGUACGAUAAGUUGUUCUUGAACUUUUCCACUCGGGUGUUUAUUGGUUACGGUGAUGUUGCGAUAAUUAUAGCCGAUGGAUGGAGCAAUUGCGUGCUGCGCGAGUGGGGAAGGCAAACAAAUAGAGAAGGA